GCUGGCCGGGGCUGGGGAGGUCCUGAGACUGACACUCGUCUGGUUUCUCCAGGCUGCUCCUCCUGACUGGAGCAAGUUUAUUCAGACAAUGAAAAAUACAGCCUCAGGAUGACCGCGGGGCUGUCCAUCCCGUCCUGAAAGUUUCUGCGUGGCGCGGGGACCGGUUCCUGCAUGUUGAUUAACUCUGUGCACUCCUCAGCUAGCCGCGACAUGGGCGCUUACAGUAUUCCUGGAGGAACACACGGCAAGUUCUCUGCUGAGUUCGGGCAUCCUGUUAUUCGCCAGCUCAGUUAGCAUCUGUCUUCCUGAGUGGCACCAGCGCCGGUCCCCGGGCGAUGGGUCUUGCGUGUGACACUCUUGCCCUCUAGCGCCUCAGCAGCUUGGUAGCAGGUUGAUAGCUAAUAUUAAUAAGAUGUUACAUAACACAAGGGGCCUGGGCCACAACUGGUGUUGCUGCCACUCGUGCCGCCCAAAAGCCUGACCGAUGGUCGUAGCUACUGCGCCUUCCGUGUCUUUUCAAUCUAUGGAAACUUUCUCAAGCGUUUUCUGCUCUUUCAACUUUAAUUCCAGAUUAUAUAUUCUGUGAGUCCUGAUCAAGUGAUACAAAUGUGCUGCAAUGGUGACAUAAAUUAUUGACUGGGCCUGGAAAAAUAGCUGAAACACCAUCUUUUCUCCUCUUAUGGUGCUUCUGUUUCAACGGUCUGAGGGAAGUAUAUACAACAUGAGUUUUAUCAUGAAGCUUCACAGACACUUUCAAAGGACAGUCAUUCUGCUUGCCACGUUUUGCAUGGUGAGCAUUAUCAUUUCUGCCUAUUACCUGUACAGUGCCUAUAAGCAGGAAAAUGAACUCUCUGAGAUGGCAUCAGAAGUGGACUGUGGCGACUUCCAACACCUCCCUCACAGGCUGAUGGAAAUGAAGGCCACAAAGCUUUCUGAUGCCUCAAGGACAGACGCCACGGUCCUGGUGUUUGUGGAGAGCCAGUACUCAUCACUUGGCCAAGACAUCAUUAUGGUUCUAGAAUCAAGUAGAUUCCAGUACCACAUUGAAAUUGCUCCUGGAAAGGGGGAUCUCCCAGCACUUACAGAAAAAAUGAAAGGCAAAUAUGUUCUCAUAAUUUACGAGAAUAUUUUAAAGUAUAUUAACAUGGACUCCUGGAAUCGAAGCCUUCUUGAUAAAUACUGUGUAGAAUAUGGCGUGGGUGUCAUUGGAUUCCACAAAUCUAAUGAGAAGAGUCUACAGAGCUUUCAGUUAAAAGGUUUCCCUUUUUCUAUAUAUGGAAACCUUGCAGUAAAAGAUUGCUGUAUUAAUCCCCAUUCUCCAUUGCUUCACAUGACCAAAUCUUCUAAGCUUGAAAAAGGUUCUUUACCCGGAGCUGACUGGACAGUAUUCCACAUUAAUCACUCAGCCUACCAACCAGUAAUAUUUGCCAAAGUAAAGACCCCAGAAAACCUUUCUCCUCCUAUCUCUAAAGGUGCUUUUCAUGCCACUGUCAUACAUGACCUGGGGCUUCAUGAUGGAAUUCAAAGAGUUUUUUUUGGCAACAACUUGAACUUUUGGCUGCACAAGCUCAUCUUCAUAGAUGCUGUCUCCUUCUUGUCAGGAAAGAGGCUCACAUUAUCCUUGGACAGGUACAUUCUUGUGGAUAUUGAUGACAUCUUCGUGGGAAAGGAAGGAACAAGAAUGAACACCAAUGAUGUUAAGGCCCUGCUUGAUACUCAGAAUCUUUUGCGUGCACAAAUUACAAAUUUUACCUUCAACCUGGGCUUUUCAGGGAAAUUUUACCACACAGGAACUGAAGAGGAAGAUGAAGGGGAUGACCAUCUCUUGGGGUCAGUGGAGGAGUUUUGGUGGUUUCCCCACAUGUGGAGCCACAUGCAGCCCCAUCUCUUCCACAAUGAGUCAUCUUUGGUGGAGCAGAUGAUUCUCAACAAAAAAUUUGCCUUAGAGCAUGGUAUUCCAACCGACAUGGGCUACGCGGUGGCACCUCACCACUCAGGCGUGUACCCUGUUCAUGUUCAGCUUUAUGAGGCCUGGAAGAAAGUUUGGAAUAUUCGAAUCACCAGCACUGAAGAAUAUCCACAUCUGAAACCAGCUAGAUACCGGAGGGGCUUCAUCCACAAAAACAUCAUGGUCCUUCCAAGACAAACCUGUGGGCUUUUCACUCACACAAUUUUCUACAAAGAAUAUCCAGGAGGGCCUAAAGAGCUGGACAAAAGUAUCCAAGGAGGUGAACUUUUCUUCACUGUGGUCCUCAACCCAAUCAGUAUUUUCAUGACCCAUUUGUCCAACUAUGGAAAUGACCGGCUGGGAUUAUACACUUUUGUUAACCUGGCCAACUUCGUCCAGAGCUGGACCAAUUUGCGACUUCACACUCUGCCUCCAGUGCAGCUGGCUCACAAGUACUUUGAGCUCUUUCCUGAUCAAAAAGACCCUCUCUGGCAGAAUCCUUGUGAUGACAAACGCCACAGAGACAUUUGGUCUAAAGAAAAAACCUGUGACCGCUUACCAAAAUUUUUGGUAAUAGGACCCCAGAAAACUGGUACCACUGCUUUGUAUUUGUUCCUGGUUAUGCAUCCUUCCAUCCUUAGUAACUCCCCCAGCCCAAAAACCUUUGAGGAGGUACAGUUCUUUAAUAGAAAUAACUACCACAGGGGGAUUGAUUGGUAUAUGGAUUUCUUCCCUGUCCCAUCUAACAUCACCACUGACUUUCUGUUUGAGAAGAGUGCCAACUACUUCCACUCAGAGGAAGCUCCUAAAAGAGCAGCUUCUCUGGUUCCCAAAGCCAAGAUUAUCACUAUUCUUAUUGACCCAUCGGACCGAGCAUAUUCCUGGUACCAGCAUCAGCGAUCACAUGAAGACCCCGCAGCUCUGAAGUUUAGCUUCUAUGAAGUGAUCUCUGCUGGGCCCCGGGCCCCCUCUGAGCUCAGAGCCUUGCAGAAAAGAUGCUUGGUGCCUGGGUGGUAUGCCAGCCACAUUGAGAGAUGGCUUGUUUAUUUCCCCCCCUUUCAGUUGCUAAUUAUUGAUGGGCAACAGCUAAGAACUGAUCCUGCUACAGUAAUGGAUGAAGUACAGAAGUUUCUAGGCGUCUCUCCGCAUUAUAAUUACUCAGAAGCUUUAACGUUUGAUUCUCACAAAGGUUUCUGGUGUCAGUUACUGGAAGAAGGUAAAACGAAAUGCCUCGGGAAGAGCAAAGGAAGAAAAUACCCUCCAAUGGAUCCUGACAGCAGAGCAUUUCUGUCAGGCUACUACCGAGACCAUAAUGUGGAACUGUCCAAGCUACUGCACCGACUGGGGCAGCCUCUGCCUUCCUGGCUGAGACAGGAGCUGCAGAAAGUGAGAUAGCACCAGAGACAAAUUCCUCAGAACCAUCCUCCACAGGAUACUCACCUUUCCUAAAACUUCAAGAAACUGCCAAAAAGUUGUUUAAAAAUAUACCUCUUCAGAUGAGAAAAAAAAAAAAAAAGUUCCUUCCAUGUGCUGGCAUGUGGAUGAUCAGAAAAAAAAAGAAAAAGAAUCUGUUACAAGCCUUGAGGCCACUGGCCUUUCUCUUAUCCCGUGUCUGGGCCUGUGGGACUAUUGGAGACUACUGUGCACUCAUGUGGAGUCAACAGCUACCAAUACAGAUAUCAAACACAAACACAGAACUGUUCCAUUUCGUAGUGAUAUGUACACUUUUGUAGAUCAACUAAGAUUGUGUCUCUGUAAAUUUUAGACCGCUGUUUGCCUGUACAAUGUUUUCAUACUCUUUGAUUUUAUAAAGUGUCCUAUAAAAAAAGAAGCAAAAGAACCAUCACAACGUAGCAAAAUGCCAAAUGCAUAUUACCUAUGAAAAAUGCUUGCCAAAAUAGAAAUCCAUUGAUGUAUUUAUGAAGAUUGUAAAUUACAAUUUGUACUAAAUCAGAGAGUAGAGAAGUUAUAUAUGAGGUUAUCUUCAUCCUUAAAGUAAUUUUUCAUACACAGUCUCAUGCGUUAUGUAAAAAUUACUAAUUCCUCUAUCAUAAUUGUUACACUGAAAUAUCUACUGUGAAGCUGUUGUGUGGUAAAAAGAAACUCAAUGAGUUUACCAAAACAUGUGAAGGGUACGGAAUACAUCUUCUAAAAGGGAGAAAUUUUUGGGGUCUUAAGAGCUGUCACCAAUGACUUGGGUCCCCUUUCAGCAAGGGCAAAUCCACUCCAGCCAUUCUUUCCUCAUUGGUUCCACAGAAACACACAGAAUCUGGUAACUGUGGCAUCUGUGGCAAACAGACUGAUUUUUAAAUGCAAAUAGUUCUUUUUUAAUAUCCCCCAGAAUAAAACCCAUGAAGCGAAAAUUAAGGAAAAUUUCUCUAGAUGAUAUGAUAGGAUAUAUACAUUUAAAUUAUAGAAAAUUUUUUGCAGAGUUCAAAGUGAAAUUGCAUAAUGUAGAAAUUUAUAAAAAAACAAAUUAAUAUAUGAUUUUUAAACUGAUAUUUACAUCAAUACUUUUAAUACAAGGCAAAAAAACAAGCAGUGCUGAUUCCAUUGUUUUGGGAUAUUUCAUACAUCACUCUCAUUAAAGGAUAAUAGAACACAGUUGAAUUUAUGGAUUAUCUACUGAAUAAAUGGAGGAAGUACAAACAUGAGCCAGGCAUGGUUUUUAAAAUAUAUACACACCUAAAUUUGAAAUGAUUAUAAGAUUAAUAAAGUAUUCACAUAAGAAAACAAGUCACACUCAUUUAUUAUAUUUAUAUUUACUUAAUUUUUAAAUGUACACAUAUUUUUAGUAAAUAAAUUCUCUAUGAUUACA